GAGAGCAUUGUGUACGUGUACGUCAACCAUCGCUGUCAAAAAUCGGUUUUCUUCUGCAAGCGCAAGACGUGUGUUUUUCCGCGUCCAUAACAAAAGCUAGAAACAUUUUUCCUUGUUAAAAAAAAAACAACGGGUUCGUACUAAAUGUACUUAAAUUUUGUUACGUAAGUGUAGUGGCGAAGUUCCUGCUGGCCGUAGCCGAUACAUACGGGAAAGGUGAUGGUGAAUUUGUGUGUGCGUGAAGUGGUCGUGAUGGUGUGCGAGAUGAAGUGAAGAAGUGUUGUCACCAGCAAGGGUGCUGUGAAGAAACAAAGUGCUGUAUAAAGUGCUAUCGGUGCAACAACAAAAAAAGAAAAGAGAAGGAAAAUCGGUUUGUUGCUGCGAAGAAAGAAAUCGGCUUGAUACUAUAGAAGAAGGAAUCGUGUUACAGCAGCGUUGACGACUUGGGCGACAGUUUUUAACCUUGAGCGGCCUUUCGAAACAUUGAAAAACAAAAAAAAAACAGGAAACAAUUAACUACGUACACCACCAUCCCCCGAUGUCGCCUUUGACGGAAGCUUCGCAACAAUAGCGAACCCGCGCGUUGCGUGCUUCUAUGCCCAGAAACAUACGGUUCGAAGCAGAAGACAUGAUAGCGGCGGCCCAACCGACAACCCUUGUCGACCAUUGGCUCUAUCGAACGGGCGUACCAAGCAGCAACAGUCUCCCUUGAGCGGCCCCGUGCAGUUGUGCACCCUCACGCCCCCCCUCCUUUCACCAUCCAAUCUGCUGCUUGAACGGGACUGCCGGUCGGGUGCAGGCGUCUGCAAUAUUCGGUGCACUCUUGUCUGAUCCGGUACGAUCCGCUGGAAGAAAAUGACAACGUCCGGUGGUGCGAUCGAUGGUGGCAACUGCCAACGUAAAGGGCAUAGGCGUAAUGAAUCGAUGUACGCCAUGACCGGCCUGUAUUCGGAAGCGCAAACCGACGACAGCAGCGCCGACAUACCGCAGGACACCGAGUCGGAGUCGCUGCCGAUGUCGGUAAACACUGCCACGACCACGACAACCUCGGCAACGGCUACCGCCGACACCGUCAUCAAGUGCCACAGCCGGCAACCAUCCAGCAGCGUGAUGAUGGACCGGGAAAAGCCGCUACCGAACGUGCUGCUGAUCAACGACGACUACACGCGAGACUGCGGAAUCCUAAACUGUCGGCCGUCGGCGGUACAGCACUUUGCCCGGAUAAAGGUGUUCGUCCUGCUGCUUUCCAUCCUAGUAACGUUACAGCAGGCGCUCAGUUCCGGAUAUAUCAACUCCGUGAUAACGACAAUAGAGAAGCGGUUCGAAAUACCGUCCAGCCUGUCCGGUUUGAUAGCGUCUAGCUACGAAAUCGGCAACGUUAUCACGGUCAUUUUCGUUAGCUACCUUGGCAGCCGGCGCCACAUCCCGGUCUGGAUCGGUAUCGGUGCCGUCAUAAUGGGCAUCGGUUCGCUCGUGUUCAUGGUGCCCCACUUUACCGGCGAACCGAACCCGGGCAUACUGAUUGACAAUAAAACGUCCGACAACAUCUGUCGGUUGGUAUCGGUACGUGAGCAGGAUAUGGGGCUCGGCCGGCUCUCGAACAGCCUUUCAAAUCCACCGCUCACGUCUCACAACUUAAGAGGGGACAAUUGUCUUAAAAGCAAAUCGUCCACCUUCGGGCCUGUGAUACUGUUUGUAAUUGCGCAAAUAUUACUCGGAGGGGGCGGCAGUCCACUGUUCACACUCGGCACCACGUACGUCGAUGAUCACGUCCGGAAGGAAAGCUCGUCGAUGUAUAUCGGUGCGAUGUACAGUAUGGCCGCGUUCGGUCCCGUGCUUGGCUUCCUGCUCGGUGCUUAUCUGCUGUCCUUCCAUAUGGAUUCCUUUUCCGGCAGCGAUAUCAAUAUCGAUCCUGACGAUCGCCGGUGGGUUGGCAUGUGGUGGGGUGGCUUCUUGGUGUGUGGCAUCCUGCUCAUCAUAGUGGCAGUACCGUUUUUCUCCUUUCCAAAGGUUCUAACGCGCGAGAAGAAGAAAAUACGCAUUGCCGAGCAACGGUUACCCCAGCUGCAGCAAUUAACAUCGAACAACUCCAGCAGCUUGCCCCGAUCGCAGCCGAAUCUGGCCCAGCAGCAAACCGGAACUCUGCAGCAACAGCCGCAGGGCCAGCAGCCGCAGCAACAACAAACAGGACACGCUGCCAAUAACGCACCGCAAGCAAACAAACCGGGUGGUGAGGACACCGGAUAUGGAAAGGACAUAAAAGACAUUCCCCAGUCAAUGUGGCGGCUGGUAACGAAUCCGGUGUACAUUUGCACCUGUCUUGGCGCCUGCAUGGAGCUGAUGAUAGUGUCCGGCUUUGUCGUGUUCCUGCCCAAAUAUCUCGAGACGCAGUUCAGCCUGGGCAAGAGCCAGGCGAGCGUUUUUACCGGCUCGAUCGCGGUCCCGGGCGCCUGCAUCGGUAUCUUCAUCGGUGGUUGCAUCUUGAAGCGCUUCCAGCUGAAACCGAAGGGUGCCGUCCAGUUUGUGCUCAUUUCGAACCUCAUCUGUCUGUCCUGCUACGGGCUGCUGUUCUUCCUUGGGUGUGAAAAUCUCAAAAUGGCCGGCACCACCAUACCGUACUACAACAGCACGCCGCACAACGUGGAACCAUUUCAGGUGAAUCUGACGGCGGCGUGCAACUUUGGGUGCGAAUGUCACAUGUACGAUGUGGAGCCGGUGUGUGGCAACAACGGGUUAACGUAUUUCAGCCCGUGCCAUGCCGGGUGUACGGCGUUUUCAUCUAGCUCGAACUACACGAACUGUGCUUGUGUACAAGCAAACGUAACCAACCAGAGCAUUUAUCGAGGCGCGGAAGGUGCCCAAGCGCAAGCCCUGAACGCACACGAAGCAUUUGCCGAGGUCACGGUUGUGCCAGUGGCGACCGCAGGCGUUUGCAACACACCCUGCCGUACGAUCUAUCCCUUCCUGAUACUGCUCUUCUUCAUGACGUUCGUCGUGGCUUCGACGCAAAUGCCGCUGCUGAUGAUUGUUUUGCGAUCGGUUUCGGAAGAGGAACGAUCGUUCGCUCUCGGCAUGCAGUUUGUCAUCUUCCGGCUGUUUGGAUACAUCCCGGCGCCUAUCGUUUUCGGUAAUUUGAUCGAUUCCUCCUGCCUGCUGUGGAAAUCAACGUGUGGCGAAAAGGGUGGCCGUUGCUUGAUCUACGACAUUGAAAAAUUCCGUUACAAAUACGUUGGAUUAUGUGCGUCAAUUAAAAUUAUUGCCUUGGUGAUCUUCAUCAUUGACUGGUGGCUCGUGAGACGACGAAAAAACAUGGACAAGCUGAACCCGCUCUCGACGAACGAGCUGGUGGGAUCGAUUAUAAGUUUAGACAAAUUGUUUGAAGAAAAGAGCACUUUGGAUGAAAGCAUCGCGGUACCGUUCAAUGGUGAAUGCAUUUCUGGAGACGCGCUGGCAGAGAACAACAAGCGCAUCUUGGUCGCUAGCCGUCAUCAGCGGAACGAUUCCAAAACUAUUCAGCUGGAGUACAGGUACGACGAUGGUGUUCAUCAGCCGUACCGCUUGCCACCGGCAGCGACGGCCGCCCGCAAACACUACCGCAGCAAUUCCUGUGAUAUCAAAAUCCAGCGCAGCAACUCCGCCACUAACCGCGAGGUGGACUUCCACGACUGGAAGCUGAAGCGCUUUAUGCGCCACCACACGCGCAACAACUCGCACGACUACAACAACGAACAGCAGCGCCACCAGCAGCAAACGUCCUCCUCCUCAUCGGGGCAUCUCGGGCGCUGGAUUGCGCUGCAGCAACAGCACCAGCAACACAGCAGUGCAGCCGACCAGCAUGCGGGCGGUGCGGGCAACAUCCGCUACAUCCUUAACCAUCUGAAGCCGGGCUCGAGCGGUUCGGAGCACGUGAAGCUGGGCUACAGCAGCAGCUGCAGUGGUGGUGGUGGUGGUGCCCCGGCUAAGAAGAAGCGCCACACGCGCAACUAUUCUUACGGGCAGGAGUUCUCCUUUCUGCCAAACAAUGUCAUCAUUCGGCUGGAUAACGACAUUGCCAACAAGUUCCUCAGCUCCACCGGUGCGCCAGUGACCGGGGGUGGCUCGUCACGGAAAAGUUCCUUCUCGCACGAUGUGGCCGCGGUGCUGAAGAACACCAACAUCGGUGUGCUGAACAACAUGAAGCACAGCAGCGACCUGAACGAGGAGCUCGAGUCGAAGUACGGCAAGGGUCACUCGCGCACGAGCUCGCGCGAUUUGAAUCUGCUCAAUCUCGCACCCGGCCCGCUCGCUGGCGGACCGUGUGCCGGCGAGCAGGCUGGUGCCGGUGGUGGUGCACCGAGCACCGGCAUUCUGGGUGGCAUAAAGUCGCUCAUCGAAGACUCGAACAGCAUACUGCGCCAUCGGCGCACCAACUCGAAGGAUCUGAAGUACGGCGGUUACCAGCCGUGCAGUAGCGGCACGGAACCGGUGGCCCCCAUCGUCGGACCGAAUGCACUCGCACGCAAGCUUUCGUCGGCAACCGUUACACUGCCGCCGGUGGUCGAUUCGGCUCACGAACCGGGGCGCAGUAGCUCGUCCGUACUGCCGCCGGUCGUAUCUUCCUGCCUGGGCACGAUCGCGUCCGGGGAGCACGCGAAGGGCGGCAGUGUUCAGCCGGAAUCGUUGCAGCUGCUGCUGGACAAAAACAGUGUGCUGCCGGAGGAGGAACCGACCUGCUGCUCUUCGCCGUCUUCUGCCUCUUCCUCCACCUCGUCACCAUCAUCCGCCUCUUGCGCAUCGUCGGCGGCAAACGCCGUUUAGCCGGAGCUGCGAUGCACCGAGAAAGGGCAGCUGGUGGGGCGUGCUUUCAGAAUUGUUGUGAUGCAUUUAAGCGUACGCUAGGGCUCUUAUAUCUGAUAGCUUAAUCCGUAACACAAUCUCCAUGAGACGACACAAUCUAUCGCAGCGGUUUGCCUAGAGUUGUUACAUGCCUAGCUGGAAUAGAGGAGCUAGAGGACGAUUGCGAUGCCUCUAGCAAUGGUUUCAUCAAUCCGUUACAAAAGGAAUGAACGUUAAAAGAGGAAGGAACGUUUGGUUUGUUCCCUCAAUCCAUUCCACACGUUGUGGUCUAGCAUCCUGGUGAUGCAUUCAAAUUCUAACAGUGCAGCAUUUCCAGGAGAAGAAAAGGGGUACAUUAAGCACAACCACAAUUCCUUGCUGUCGGACGGGCGAGACAGGAGAGACACCGAGAGCGCAACGCGGAUGAUGCAUGCGUGUGCGAGUGAUUGUGUGUGCGUGUGUGUGUGCAUUUAGCUUGUAAGAAGUCCUACCGGAAGUCACCUGCUGUCAGGUGGCAGGGAAGAGUUGGCGGACAAGCUACCAUUGGGAAUGUAUCCUUCUGGAUCAGCGCAGUUGGAAGUAGAACUUGGGACUGAAGAACUGAGUGUAUAGAAUGUAAUGCAGAUGUAAUAGCAAUAUAUAUAUACAUAGAAAACUAGAAUCCUAGAAUGCAUAUGUACACACACACACACUGCUGCAGCAAAACAGUUUGGUUCACACACAAGCGUGUGCGUGCGCAGAAUGUCCAGCACAGAUCGUGUGAAUGAUGUGAUGGGCAGUCGAAUAGUUGUAGCGCAGGGGAUAGGAAGAUGGUCCGUAGAGAUCCAAGUUAAUAAUCGAAAGCAAACAUAUUUUUUAUAUCAAAUUAUUAGCAAAAUAUUGCAGGUACGCUGAAGAGAAGGAGAAGAGAGAGAGGAAAGCAAAGGGGAAUAGUAAAUGAACGAAGAAGCCGGGGAGCGCGUUUAAGCAAUUUUAGUGAAAUGAAAUGUACAAUGUGAAGCAGGAAGGAAGCGGAUCGGUAGGAUGUUUUAAUAAUGUUUGUGUGACGCGAGAGAGACAGCCCAGUCGUGUAUAACCAUGGAAAACACAGCUAAACCAACACAAAGAGAUCCUGAACCCCCCACCCCCCCGCAGUCUUCUUACUUACAGUCAAAACGCUCCAGAAGCGCAAUAUCGUCACGUUCCCACUAAUUUGCUUUACCAAACCUUACACACCCAUAAGCGACUCUCUAGUAGCGGUGUUAUAGAAAUGUGCAAUGGUUUUAAAAACUCAUCUCAAGCUGCUCGAAUUUAUUUUUUCUUUCCACUAAACAAAACAUGGUGCAAACAGUUAACCUGGCGAACAAUUUUUAGCGGGCGCACAGUUAACUAAAAGAGCUGUGAGAGUUUAAUUAGAAAAUUCGGUAACAAACACCGAGCUAGGCCUGUGGACGAUGAGCGAGUGAGUGUGGGUUGUGACACAAUAGAGGGGUGAAAAACGAGUACGCUGUUGUAAUGGAUGGAUGGAAAAGAAAGGGAGCGCUCCUUUCUGUACAGCAAAUUUUGCAGAUAAAAGGCGAGAAAAACGUGUGGAAAAGUGUGUCGGUUUUCAGUUGUUGGCUUUGAUUUAAAUCGGGUUUUUUCUUCUUUAGUUAUGUGCUUUUCGAUUAUAGAAACUUUGUAAAAAAUAAUCCUUUAACUCGACGGAAAAUUUGCAGCAGAAAAUAUUCAGCAGUUCAUUCAUUCAUUCGUUCCACUAGUAGCGAUCAAUCGUUGGUCAGCGUUUGUAAACAGGUAGAGUAGUGUUAAUUGCCUGGCAGGUUAAACGUUUACGGUACAACAAAACGAAACAGGACUCGUGAAGGUUUUUUGUAUUGUCUUUUCUUUCUUAAACAAACACAAACAAAAAAACACUAAUAAUCUUUAAACGAUCGCAUCGCGUGGAGCAGGAGGAGGGGCAGGUUUUAGGCAAGUUCCAGUUUUUAUUAUUGAAUAACCGCAAUCUCAGACUCAGUAAAAAAAAAAUAAUGAAACAUUGUUUGGUAGACUUUUUAAUUAGAAAUUAUAGAGCAUCGGAAGCGACGCUAAUACUAGAGAGAAAGAGUUUAACCGUUACUUAGCAAACACACACACGAUCGGUGGCGCACUCUUUACAGAGGAGAUAUUGCACCGUUUAGUGAGUUUCAAUUGCUUUAGAGCGUCCCCGUCCGUUGUGAGAAGGAUAGUUUUUUGAAUCUUUGCAAAACCCAUCCCAAAUCAAGCUGUUUGGUGGUUGCCCCCUGUCUGGCCGGGUGGUGGUUGUUUAGCGCAGCAUUUAGACCGGACCCCGGUCACUGCUAGCACACCCAACCAACCGUUACUAGUGGGGUCAGAACGGUACCGUUGAAUGGAGGUUAAAUUAUGUGUCUCUGUGUUUGUUUUUUUAAAUUGUAGCUGCGCCGUUGUGCACACUCUUAACCGUCGAUAAUCGCUCGAAUAGCCACAUGCCGCUAGGAACAGUAGGGUUCCACGUUCCCUCCCGCUCUGUACGUGCUCCGUGUCGAAGCAAGCAAGCAAACCCAUUCAAACCCCACAGGAUUAUUAAGUAAAAUUAGUCGAGAGCGUCAAAGGUAGUGAAAACACAUGCGGACCCCUCCACAUCUCAUUCCCGGUAAGGUUAGAAACUCAAUAUGCUGCUCAUCAAACACAUACAUAUCGUGCAACACAACAGCCUAACAGUAACAGAACAACAAUUAAACAAACAAACAAAAAUGCAAACGGUGCAGAUAGUAAUAAAAGAAGGGUAACCCCCACAAACCGUGUCCUUAAAGCUGCUGGUACCACGCAGCGACACCUGGCCACCAGGACCAGGAAACGUACAUACAAAUCAAGCAAAGCUCGCAAAUAAUACAAAACCCCCCCGUUACGUUUUAGUGUGCAUUUGCUCCUUUCCAUACGCGCCAGAGCCAGUAUAAGGUACGAACUUCACACCAAUUACCACCAUGUUGUCAAUUAUUGGACGAGCUUUCCUGGUUUUAUACAGCGAAAAAAACCGCAUCCCUUAGCAUCGGUAUCCAUAAAACCAUUGAGGGGAACAAGUUUUAGGCCACUUGUUUCGCUACAGCCCCCCGCAUCAUCGUGUCCCGAAAAUCGCCAUCAACCUCAUCCCCAGUUCUAUCCCAUUUGGAACACCCGGUUCUGAUAAACACUGUUGGCGGAGGACGGAGCAUUUCAAUAGCGAAGAAUGCCGAGACACGCCGAGGAAUGGUUGCCGACCCCACAAAGACCGCGGAAGCUAAAGAGAAACACAACUUAGUUAUUCGUUUUCGUUUGUAAGCCUGAUACAACAAUAAAACUUGAAAUACAGAUUGCAAAUUUACAGAAAAAA